AGCCUAGGCCGGAGCUGGAAGGAAGGGAGGAAGGGAGGAAGGAAGGAAGGGCUUCCCAUCGCUCUCCUUUCUGCUGCUGGAAGGGAGCCUCUUGGGGCCCUUGCCUUUGCCGCCAUGCACGACGCCUUCGAGCCGGUGCCCAUCCUGGAAAAGCUGCCCCUCCAGAUCGACUGCCUGGCCGCCUGGGAAGAAUGGCUCCUUGUUGGGACUAAACAAGGACAUCUUCUACUUUAUCGAAUUCGAAAAGAAACCGGAGAGGUUACGACAUCAGAAAGUGGAUGUUGCAAUCGGUUUGAAGUAACACUAGAGAAAUCAAACAAGAACUUCUCCAAGAAGAUCCAGCAGAUCCAUGUUGUAUCCCAGUUCAAAAUUUUGGUCAGUUUGUUAGAAAACAACAUCUAUGUUCAUGAUCUGUUGACAUUUCAACAGAUCACAACAGUUCCCAAGGCAAAGGGCGCAACUCUCUUCACUUGUGAUCUCAAGCACUCUGAAACAGGGGAAGAGGUGCUCAGGAUGUGUGUAGCAGUAAGAAAGAAACUACAGUUGUAUUACUGGAAGGACAGAGACUUCUAUGAAUUGCAGGGGGACUUCAGUGUCCCCGAUGUGCCCAAAUCCAUGGCAUGGUGUGAAGAUUCCAUAUGUGUUGGUUUCAAGAGGGACUAUUACCUAAUAAGGGUAGAUGGGAGAGGAUCCAUCAAAGAACUCUUCCCCACAGGAAAGCAGCUCGAGCCACUGGUAGCCCCUUUGGCAGAUGGAAAAGUUGCUGUUGGCCAGGAUGAUCUAACAGUUGUGCUCAAUGAAGAAGGGGUUUGUACACAGAAAUGUGCCUUGAACUGGACUGACAUCCCAAUAGCCAUGGAAUUUCAGCCUCCUUAUAUUGUGGCAGUCCUGCCAAGAUACGUAGAGAUCCGUACAUUUGAGCCCCGUCUCCUGGUGCAGAGCAUUGAAUUACAGAGGCCACGUUUCAUUACUUCAGGAGGUACUAAUAUUGUGUAUGUAGCCAGCAAUCAUUUUGUCUGGCGUCUCAUCCCGGUUUCCAUUGCGACCCAGAUCCAGCAGCUCCUCCAGGAUAAACAAUUCGAACUGGCUCUGCAGUUGGCAGAUAUGAAGGAUGAUUCUGACAAUGAAAAACGGCAACAGAUCCACCAUAUUAAGAAUCUCUAUGCCUUCAACCUUUUCUGCCAAAAGCGCUUUGAUGAAUCCAUGCAAGUCUUUGCCAAGCUUGGGACAGAUCCCACUCAUGUGAUGGGUCUCUAUCCUGAACUGCUGCCUAGUGAUUACAAAAAACAGCUCCAGUAUCCCAACCCAGUUCCAGUUCUCUCUCCUGCGGAGUUGGAGAAAGCACACCUGGCACUUAUAGAUUAUCUCACUCAAAAAAGAAGUCAGUUAGUGAAGAAAUUGAAUGACUCAGAUCAUCAAUCCAGUACUUCUCCUCUCAUGGAAGGAACUCCCACCAUCAAAUCUAAAAAGAAGUUGCUGCAGAUCAUAGACACUACCCUCUUGAAAUGCUACCUCCACACCAAUGUAGCUCUAGUGGCGCCACUGUUGCGACUGGAGAACAAUCACUGUCACAUUGAAGAAAGUGAGCAUGUGUUGAAGAAAGCUCACAAAUACAGCGAGCUGAUUAUACUGUAUGAGAAGAAAGGCCUGCAUGAAAAAGCUUUGCAGGUGCUAGUGGAUCAGUCAAAAAAAGCUAACUCACCUUUGAAAGGCCACGAGAGAACUGUGCAGUAUUUACAACAUUUGGGCACUGAGAACUUGAAUUUAAUAUUUUCAUAUUCUGUGUGGGUGCUUCGAGACUUCCCUGAUGAUGGAUUAAAAAUCUUUACAGAAGAUCUUCCUGAGGUGGAAUCUCUCCCACGGAAAAGAGUUCUUAGUUUCUUAAUAGAAAACUUUAAAAACUUGGCAAUUCCUUACUUGGAACAUAUAAUCCACAUCUGGCAGGAGGAUGGUUCUGAGUUCCACAACUGCCUGAUUCAACUCUACUGUGAGAAAGUACAAGGUUUAAUGAAGGAGUAUCUCAGCUCAUUUCCUUCAGAUAAAACGCCAAUGCCAGCUGGAGAGGAAGAAGGGGAACUAGGAGAGUACCGGCAAAAACUUCUUUUCUUUCUUGAGACAUCCAUGUGUUACAAUGCCGACCAUCUCAUCAGUGACUUUCCCUUUGAUGGUCUCUUAGAAGAACGUGCCUUGCUGUUGGGACGAAUGGGGAAUCAUGAACAGGCCCUUUUUAUAUAUGUUCACAUCUUGAAGGACACAAGAAUGGCUGAAAAUUAUUGUCACAAGCACUAUGACAGAAGCAAAGAUGGCAACAAAGAUGUAUAUUUGUCCCUGCUCCGGAUGUAUCUCUCACCUCCUAGUGUUCAUUGCUUGGGACCCAUCAAGUUGGAACUCCUAGAGCCUCAAGCCAAUCUCCAGGCUGCCCUGCAAGUUUUGGAACUUCACCAUAGCAAGUUGGAUACUACCAAAGCAAUAAACCUCCUUCCGGCAAAUACUCCAAUAAGUGAAAUCCGAAUUUUCUUAGAAAAAGUCCUUGAAGAGAAUGCUCAAAAGAAGCGAUUUGAUCAAGUACUUAAAAAUCUUCUCCAUGCUGAAUUUCUGAGAGUACAAGAGGAACGAAUUUUGCAUCAGCAAGUGAAAUGUAUUAUCACAGAGGAAAAGCUUUGCAGUGUGUGUAAAAAGAAGAUUGGAAAUAGUGCCUUUGCCCGCUACCCCAAUGCAAUAGUUGUGCAUUAUUUCUGUUCCAAAGAAGUUGGCACAGCAGACACCUGAAAGCAUUGCCUCGCAUGAUAUAACUAAACCAGCUAUGAUGCUCACAGAAGUCAGAGAAGCUUAGACAAGGAGCUGACAUCUCUAAGACAUGUUCUGGGGCAUGUUGCUUACAAACAACGCAAGUCCAUCACUUGAUCAGAGGAACUCCACUUGUUUUCUGCCUGUCUAGGCUUUGUAAGAAUAUGGACAGUGGACUAUUUUUGAUAUACUUAAUAUCAACUACUCCUCAUAGCAUUUCAGCAUGCAGAAGAAUGAAUAUUAGCUAGCGAUGAAUUGUUGUGGUACUCUGGAUUUUGCAACAGUUCUUGUUCCAAGGAAAUGUUUUAAAAAUAAUGUUGGUAAAGGAAAAAAUCAUUUUGUGUUGGGUUGUACAUCCCAUUCACAGAUGUCAUAGUUUAAGCAGCAUUGCAUUGCAUCUGCAUCUAUUUUAACUAGCUAUUUGGAAACCAUUUAGAGGCAAGUACUUCUAAUAAAUUGACACCUAAAUUUUGCCUUCCAAUAUUGGGAAAAAGUAAAUAUUGGGGAUAAAAUAUUAGUGGUUAUGUCACUAAUAUAAAGAAGUUCCAAGGGAACUAAUCUCACAUGCUGUGAUCAGAACUGGAAAAUAUGUAUUUUUUCAUUUUUGUUUUUGAGAUGCAUGUAAGUAUACAUACACAUACUAUUUGCACUGUGUACAGUCACUCCUGUUUUGAAUGAAUUGAACAGUAGCAGUGCGUUUCUGAAGGGAGGGGGAACUUGUACCAAAAAGUUAAAGCCACCUUUAAAGAUGAAGACUUAAAAAUAUAAUUCAGAAAGAAGAUGAGUUUUCUGUAUUGUUUGAACGUCUGUUUUAUACUUUCUACACAAAUUACACUGAAAAUCUUAAUUUUUAGGUACUCUUCAGUUUAGGGUGAAGCAAACAUUUUUGAAAUGUCAGUAUUUUGAGUUUCUUGGUGUCACUCAUGGUAAUGCUCUUCUGUUGGUUCAUUUACAAACUAACAGAAGAUGGGAAAAUACUGGGUUGCAGUUCAUACCCCCACAGACUAUCACAUUUCUAUUUAACCUGUUGUUCCUUAAGUCUUAUCUGUUGUGAUAGUGAACAGAGAAACAAGCUGAAGAGUAAGAGAGGAAAGGCGCAUGCUGGAAGCAAUUGGGUCAGGGUUAUCAAACUGAAAACCAAUUCAAUCUGUUUACUUGUUACAAUAACAGUUCUUAGUAAUACCAUAAUUCAGUACAUCGGCACAUGAAAUCCAUUGACACUGUCUAAAAUUCAUCAUUGUUCUCAGUUGGUUUGAGGAAGUAAAAGUUAAGAAAAAAUCUUUCUCUGCUGUUUGGAUCACAGUAACAAUAUAUGCUUGUUAUAAUCUCAAUGACCUGUUAAGCACAAGGAUAAAAUUUCUUCUGCAA